AUGCCAGCGCUCGUGGAGGAGCUGCGGGAGACCAUCAAGGCCCUCAACCGAGAGAAAGAGGCCCACAGUGCGACCUUUCAAGAAGUCAUCAACCUCAGGAAGCAUCUGAGGGAAUCGGACCGCAAGCGGAAGGUCCUUGAAGGCGACAACGAGCUCUUGGUCCUCAAGUGCAAGUUCCGAGAGGGAGAUGGUGAAGACAAAGACGGUGGAAGCAGCGAUGGCGACAUGACAGCAGUCCAUACUGACGACAAGGCGCUCAAGUCUGACCUACCCGACGCCCCAAUCCAUCACCCAGGAAUGUACAAGGCUUUCUCGGCCUCCCAUUCGGAAAGUCUGAACGCCUCGUCUUCGGCAAACCACUUGGACCACACCACCCACGCUCUCUCAGAAGACAACGUCGCCGGCUCUACCCACGGUACCAAGCGGACCUUCGAUGAAGCCAAGUAA